CCAAGAUGGCUGCUUGGGGAAGGAGGCGCCUUGGCCCGGGCAGCAGUGGCGGCAGUGCCCGAGAGAGGGAUUCAACCAUGUUUAUAAUGAAGAACAGCAGACUCUGAGCUGUAACCUGAAUUCUUGUCUAAAAUUCAGCACACUGGCUGCAAGAGCACCAAACAGAAUGCCACUUGUUCCGUCGGAAUCUUUGAGACAAACUUGCACACCUAGGACAGAACAGUGCAGGUAUCUGUGUGUUCUGCAAUACAUGGGCCAACUUGGAACAGAUCACAGCUCUACUUUCCCUAUGUUUGCUGCUUAGACUUACGCAGGGGCCUUAAGAGUUUGCUUCCAUCAGUGAUGGUUUGAAUGGUGACCUUGUCUGCCUCUGAAUGUUACAUCGUUCAUGAAAUCUACAAUGGAGAGAAUGCCCAAGACCAGUUUGAGUAUGAGUUGGAGCAGGCUCUGGAGGCGCAAUACAAAUAUAUAGUCAUAGAGCCCACCCGGAUUGGGGAUGAGACUGCCCGAUGGAUCACUGUUGGGAACUGCCUGCACAAGACAGCCGUGCUGGCAGGCAGUGCCUGCCUCUUCACCCCGUUGGCACUUCCCUUAGAUUAUUCCCAUUACAUCUCCCUGCCUGCCGGCGUGCUGAGCAUGGCCUGUUGCACCCUCUACGGAAUCUCCUGGCAGUUUGACCCCUGCUGCAAGUAUCAAGUGGAAUAUGACGCCUAUAAACUUUCCCGACUGCCUCUGCAUACGCUCACUUCCUCCACUCCUGUGGUGCUGGUGAGGAAGGAUGACCUGCACAGAAAGAGACUGCAUAAUACAAUAGCACUCGCUGCCCUGGUGUACUGUGUAAAGAAGAUUUACGAGCUCUAUGCUGUAUGAUUUCGGGAGAAAGAGGAGAGAGAAAGAGAGAAAACACCCACAAAAGACAACAAUGUAUUAAGAUUUCCACAGUAACAUUUUUUUCCCUCUGAAAUGCAGUGGAGACUGGGAAGGUGUUUGGUUUAAUAUUUGUUAUUUUUCAGAAUAACAAAAUCACUGCUACACCAAGGGAUUUUUCAGCUCAUUACACCAAGAUGUGGUUCUGUAGUGACUCAAGACACGUUCUAGGCUGUGGAAGUCUGAUGGAGCAGUGGAAUGUUGAUGGAAGCAAACUAUAUCAAGGGGGGGGUGUGAAAUGCUUUUUUUGGGGGAGGGGGGAACCUUUUAAGUAUAUUGUUUAACUGUACCAUCCAGAGCCAGCCAGAAGCUAUUGACCAUUAAAAU